AUGGGCCUCACCGUUAACACCCACACUCGCUCGCGGGCCGUGUCGACCGCAGACAUCCUGCGUCCGGAAGACAAGGAUAUUGCACAACUCGUCAAGAGUCUUGACGCUCUCGAUCGCAGCUCCUACAAUGUGCUGCAAAACAGUCUUGAUCAGGGAGCCUGUCUGCAACAACUGCGCCACUUUCUGAAAGAUGACAGUGAUAUACACGGAGCACACAGUGGCUUUCGACGAGCCGGUGGCUUCCAAGCGCUGCUCCGUCUCCUUCGCUCACUUGUCGACACUUACUCUAUGCCAACCGAACCUCCUGCAACUGCCAAGUCAUUCCUUCAGUCUCUUUCACAAUGGUUCGGCGUCCUCGGGGCGGGCUUGGAAGGUCACGAGGGAAAUCAGAGAUACUUCAGAACAAGGGUUGAUAGUGGUGGUUGGGACUCGCUACAAUGCACUCUGGGACAACUGUUCACUCUCCUGUCUUGCCAGACAGGCGAUGAUCUCCACAUGGAGCAAUUCUUCGGGAUCCUCUUUGCAGCGGCUACUGGCGUGGAGAUGACUGAGGACAUUUACAUUGCUCUGGAGCGAUCCACAAGCUUUCAAGAUGACAACCUCUUUUCAGAGGAAUCGAUCGAUUCAGUACGGGCAGGCAUUGUCAAAUCACUGGCAAACGUUACCGAACUAGCAGUCCCAGAGCUGCUAACGGUGACCCUAGGGCUUUGGACAACCGGUGUCAAGGCUGGCCAGAUUCCGCAACGACUUGUGAGAGUCGCGCUGCCACUCAGCCUCAAGGAAUUACUUUCGACAUCACGCCAGAACAUUGUCUCCGCACACACGGCUGGAGCUUUAACUGCGGUGCUCAAGCUGAUCUUUGAAGAGCAACUCUCUGCCUCCGAAAGAAGUCUGAUGAAGGAAGUAGCCCUGGUUCUUUGCCAGGAAGGGGUCUCCAACCUGGACGAUGCUGAUUUCCUUUUCAAACAAGCCACUUCGUCUUCAGACGCUGCUUCAUUCCUACAUGAGGCUAUUACCAUCUCCCGGCAGCCGCCCAGUCUGCAAUUUGACUUAUCCCAGAAUGGCUAUGCAUCCACGGAACUGUCCACUCUUGGUAGACCCUUCCCGCCUCUCGAUACUGGUGGAUACACGCUGAGUCUUUGGGCUCGAUUUGACGCCUUCGAUAAGCAAGCCCAUACCACACUCUUUGGAGCUUUCGACAGGACUCAAACUUGUUUCGUUCUAGCUUACCUCGAGAAAGACACCCAUCACCUUAUUCUGCAGACAGCGAUACAAGGCACCAGGCCCAGUGUCAGGUUCAAGUCAGUUGCUUUUCAGCCAGAUCGAUGGUAUCACAUCUGCGUGGUGCACAAACGACCACGGACGACAUCUUCUGCAAAGGCUUUGCUGUUCGUGGAUGGAGAUUUCGUAGAGCACCAGAAGGCGAGUUACCCUUCUACACCUCUCAGUGAACGAGGUCAAACCAAUGUCAAGGUCCAAGCGUUUUUCGGUACACCCCAGGAUUUGUCCCCGAGUUCUGCCGGAGUGGCUUGUCUCUCGAAGUGGUCACUUGGCUCUGCAAUUCUGUUUCAAGAGACCAUGAGUGAUGACUUGAUUGCCGUCUUUUACUAUCUCGGCCCAAAGUACCAUGGUAACUUUCAGGAUUGCCUUGGUUCUUUCCAGACAUACGAGGCCUCAGCGGCACUGAAUUUGCGGAACGAGAUGUUGCAUCCGGGAAAGGAGGAACAGUCAGAACUCAUCAUGGCUAUCCGUCAGAAGGCAAGCACUCUCAUCCGCGAGGACAAGAUAUUGAUCAACGUUUCCCCUGCGACAAUCCUCGAUAACGACGAUCGAAAUAACAUUGACGAAACUCAGUUGGUCAAGUCAUUGUCAAAACUAGCAGCCAAAAAUCUUGUGGCCUAUACCCGCUCGGGUACGAGUGCCGUGGCGAUCAAUGGCGCAGUGCCCUCGAUCAACGAUGCAUUGACUCAAGCUCGGGGCGUUUUUCUGCUCAUGGGCGAUCCCACAGUGACGGUCCCGCAAUCACUAGACGAUGCCAGCUGGCGUUUGGGCGGUUGCGGUGCGGUCGGAUUGGGACUCGUGCAACGAGCCCGGACGACAGAAGACGUUGCCCUCGCCGUCGACAUCUUGCUGGAAACCGUCCGACACAGUUGGAGAAACAGCGAAGUGAUGGAAAGAGAUGGCGGCUACGCAAUUCUAGCCAUGCUGUUGAAAGAGAAGCUCAGCCUUCCCUCGCAAAGCAACGGAGAAGCUGCAAAAGUCGCUUGGGCAAUCCCAACAUCAAGACUCGAUAGGACCGGGCUGAGCAUGCGGGUUCUGACUUCCAUCCUUUCUUUCACCGGCUAUAAUCCUGAGAAUUUGACAAAAUCUGUCAUCAACAACCCUUUGGCCUACAAAGUUUUGGUAGCAGACACCAGCCUCUGGAGAUGUGGACCACUUCCUGUGCAGCAAUUAUACUUUGAUCAAUUUUUGGUGUUUGCGGAGCAAAGCGAAUACAAACGAUUUAACUUGAGAAGACUGACAAGGAUGAGAGUGCUCAAACGUCUGAUGGAAGCUUUGAAAUCCGAGCCCGUGAUGCGUCCCAUCAUGCCACAGUAUAUGGCAGCAAUCAAAGUCCUCUUGCCUCAAACGUUAUCGGCGGAAACUUUACGCUCUCUCGCUCUGUUCAUAACAUUCUCCGUGAACAAACGCAAUGUGGGCUUACAAGCGCGGAAACCCAUACGCCGGGAAGCCCGACAACGAAGUUCGUCAGCCGGAUCAUCUCACGGUCCUAAAGACGACGGCAUAUCGACUCUGUCACAUUUUGAGAUUGGAAUGGAGGUUCUUCGCCUCUAUUCGGAAAUGUUGUGCCGCAAAGACGACGACAGCCUAAUCAAGAAAUUUGCCAAAACCGUGACAAACAAGUGGCUUCUGUAUCUGCUGUCCGAGACGUCGCCGGAAGUCGUAGUGCUUUCGAUGAGAAUUCUGGCGAGACUGCUUGUCGUCCACGGCGAUGCCUAUGUCAAGAAAUUCAAGGAUACGUCCAAGACAUCUGGCUUCACCAUCAUGACUUACCGUUUGAAGAGAUGGUGGCAUCUUCCAGCGUUAUGGCCUGCCUUGUUCGCAGUUCUGUUUGAUCUUGACGUUGCAAAUCUAGAUCUGGAUAGAAACUUUGAUCUGUACGGAUUCAUCGACCUCUUUGCUAACAAGAAAGAGCUCUCGGUGUUCUAUCCAGAAAUCCUCGAAGUCAUCACGGGCAUGUUGCAGAGCGGCCUGAAGACCAUCGUGUCGUCGAAAAGGCACCAAGCUGCUUCGUUCCUGGCGCCACCAUUGGAAGAGCUGAAUGGACCACCUGAGCGACUUUCCAUGUCAACAAUGGCACCACCGAACCCGUUGCUCACAAUUGUAACGAGUCAACACGUCGAGACAUUCAACACUGUUGUUCAGUUCCUUGCCGACCUUCACACUCGGUCGCAGAAAUUCCGGGAUUUUGCAGCCACGUCUUCAUACAUCCAAGAUCUUCUUGCCGUGUUAUUUCCUGUUGUGGUUGGGUCUGACGUGGUCGAGGCGAAGACGGAGCUAGAUGCCCGGGAUUCAACGCUUACAUUUGAUGGUGGGGACGUUGUUGUCCAUCCUCUCUCGACCGCUCCACCUGUUGUCCGGACUAUCGACACAGAAAACUCGUCUGCGGCGAACAGAGGUAAAACUCUUCGAAGAGGCUCAUCUUUUGUGCUCGUCACUAAGGACCACGCCCGCCAGACUGGUUCCGUCACCUCCACAGCAGCUUCACCCUCGAACGGCUCAAACUCUGCUACGGGAAAGGUGCCAGAACUUCACGACGGUCAUUCCAUUGUUCAGGGCUUGUUGGAGAUAGUUAUAUCUGUUUUCAUGGAUCAAAUCCUAGUUCGGAAGGAGUUUCCAGGACUCGGGCUUUUUCUGAAGACACCACCUGGCUUCAUCGAGCACCAAUCUUACUUCGAAACGUGGAUCUUAAGAAACACCGUCUCGCAGCUCGCUAACCAUAUAGCACUAAAUCAGACGAUCCUAACGGAGCCUAGGGUAUUGACCAACCUAGCCCGCCUCUUCGGACACCUUGAAGAGGCUCUCUUCGAGGGAUGGUUCAUUGGAGGUGCCGAUCCGGUACUCGACUUAUCAGGAUCCAUAUUAGAAUAUCUUCAACGCCCCGAUAUUGCAAAAUUGAAGAGCGUUCGACUGUGUGCGCAGACCGUCGCCAUCAUCCGCGCUGUCGUUUUCCGGACAGUCCUUCUCAGUCUCUCAUCAAUUCAUGACAACGACUCAUUACCCUUUCUGGAAAAGUUGACCUACUGGCAGACGGUCUUACUGUCCGGUGAAGACACUCAAUCGGCUAAUCUGCAGUUGAUUUGUUACCUUUUGUACGCCAACCUCAUUUCCAACACUGAUGCUGUUCGGCAAGCGGCAGCCAAUUUGUGGAGGAUCAUACUAGUCCAAAAGCCGGAUGAAGCAGCAGCGAUUUUCGGGCAGACCGACACGACGGAGCAGAAAGGCCUGACUGGCGGAUUUUCGAAGCUGGUUGAACUGGACAAUGAAACUUUUCUCUACUGGGUCGACGAGCACCGCGAUGAGCUGGAUUCUUUGUUCUUUGAUACCCUUUCGAGGCAGUGGAAUGGGUUCGUCACUUCAGAAAACAAAAGGACUGAAGAAAACGGACGGAUGAGAAUAGCACGCCGGCGAGAGAAGCUCAAGCAAUGGGCACGAGAAGAGGCCGACCGUGAGGAUCUGAUUCGUCGCCAUGAGAUCGCUUUCGAAAAUUGGACUGCCAAUAUCUACUCCUCUGAAUACCUCAAGCACCAGCGGUUGGUCCAAGAUCAGCAGGAUGAUCUGGUGUACACCGAAGCCAGCUUUAAUCGGAUGCAGAGAGAUACAAGUAAACCAGCGGGGCUGUUUGCCACGAAUAAAUCCAGAAAGUGGAGAUUGGAUCAAACCGAAGGACGGAAUCGGAUGCGAAUGCGAUUACACGAGGACUACACCUACACAGAAGACGAUCAACAGCCGAAGAGGAAAGGAUCUGAUAUGCCACAACUGCGGCUUGAUACUAGAAACACCAAAAUGUCCACAGCGGAAUCGAUAGGUGUAACACCCGGUGGCGUAACACCAGUUGUCGACACCCCGAAGCGCGUCAACAGCGGAACUGAACCAUUCCCAUCCCUUCAAGAAAGCACCGAACAAACAGCAGACAGUGAAACCCAAAGCGAGGCCAUGGAAGGCGAGGAGAGUUUCGAAUUGGUUGAAGAUCCAAAUACCGAAAUGGAUGAUUUCGAGGACAAGAAUCGGAAGGUGAUGCGUAGCCUUCACCGCGGAGACCAGGUCAAGCACGUUGCCAACAUCUCUCGUAUUCUAGGACUUGAAGCGGUGGAAGGCCUCCUCAUUCUGGGCAAGGACUAUAUUUACAUCCUCGACAACUUUUUCCAGCGGGCUGAUGGCGAGAUCGUGAAUGUUUGGCAAGCGCCACAAGAAGAGCGGGAUCCGUACGUGCGAAUGAUCUCUGGCCGCGAUGUCACGGAACGCAAAAUCGUCUCCCGGAGUGACGAACAUGGCACUCGAAGUUGGAAGUGGUCCGACAUUAUCAGCGUUUCCAAGCGGCGAUUUCUUUUUCGAGAUGUUGCGAUCGAAAUCUUCUUUGGCGAUGGCAGAAGUUAUUUGUUGACUGUGGUCUCGCCUCACAUUCGGAACGACUUGCACAGUCUUAUCAGCGCCAAAGCUCCAUCACCUAACGGAGCGGGCAGUCAUUCGGAGACAGCCUGGCGCUACGAGACUUUAAGAAGUGUGGACGACGAACCACAGACCCUUGGGUCCAAGUUUGCAAAUGUCUUUGGUCAGCAGUCGAGCUCUCUAGCCGCAACUCGGAAAUGGCAAAAGGGGGAAAUGUCGAACUUCCACUAUCUCAUGCUAAUCAACACAAUGGCGGGACGAACGUACAAUGACUUGACCCAGUAUCCCGUGUUCCCGUGGGUCAUCGCGGACUACACGAGUGACGAACUAGACCUCACAGACCCAAGAACAUUUCGCGAUCUUUCCAAACCAAUGGGUUGUCAAACGAUGGAACGCGAGAGAGAGUUCAGAGAACGAUACCAAACAUUCGCAGAAAUGGGCGACAACAAUACCCCGGCUUUCCAUUACGGAACGCACUACUCCUCGGCCAUGAUUGUGACAUCUUACCUGAUUCGCCUACAACCCUUCGUCAAGUCGUAUCUCCUCUUACAGGGGGGUACAUUUGAUCAUCCAGAUCGCAUGUUCUUCUCAAUAGAAGGGGCCUGGAAAUCAGCAGCCCGAAUGAACAUGAGCGAUGUCCGCGAGUUAACCCCUGAGUUUUAUUACCUGCCGGAAUUCUUAGUCAACGUCAAUGACUUCGACUUCGGUACCAGGCAGACAUCGCAGUCGAUCGGAAAUGUUGAGCUUCCACCCUGGGCCAAGGGUGACCCUCGCAUAUUCAUUGCCAAACAGCGCGAAGCAUUGGAGAGUCCCUAUGUUAGCCGCAAUCUCCACAAAUGGAUCGACCUGAUAUUUGGCAGUAAACAGAAAGGCGAAGCUGCUGUGGAGGCCGUGAACGUAUUCCACUACCUAUCAUACCAAGGUGCGAAAGAUCUGGACGCCAUUAGCGACCCAAUGGAACGGCUUGCAACAAUUGGCAUCAUCCACAAUUUCGGUCAGACCCCAUAUCAGGUCUUUACCAAACCGCAUCCUGCGCGAGAACAGAUCCGGCAUCGCUACAAACGGCUUGAUACUGCCGCAGAAUCGUUGACUCGGAUUCCAUCAACACUCCUAGAAACAGGGGAAAGAGUGGCUUCACUCAGAUAUUCCUGGAAGUCUGAUCGGCUGCUGUGCUCAGGGCCAUUUAGGCUGAACAUCCCUCCGGAUUACGACAUGUACCUUGAAUGGGGGUUUUCCGACAACAGUGUCCGGUUCUACUCAACCGAGAGCAGAAAGCAGAUCGGGCUCUUUGAGCAUCUGCAUAUUGGGCAAUUGUCUUGCGCGUUGUUCGCUGAUUCAAAAACAUUGAUCACUGGUGGGACAGACUGCACCGUAGCUGUGUGGACAGUCAUUGAAAGUGGGAAGACUGUGGAACUGCAUCCACGGGCCACACUGUUUGGGCACCGCAGACCCGUGAGCUCUUUGGCUAUAUCCAAGUCGUUUAAUGCCUUAUUGUCAGCUUCGACAGAUGGACAAGUGAUGCUUUGGGAUCUCAAUCGCAGCGAAUUCAUCCGCAGGAUGGAUGGCGAUCUGCCAGUUCAAUGUGCGGCUAUCAACGACGUUACGGGGAAUAUAGUCCUCUGUCACGGGCAUGAAAUCAGCAUGUAUACCCUUAACGGCGAUCUGCUCCUGCGACAGGACUCUGGAGACCGCUCGCAGGAGAGCAUCGUCUCGUGCGCAUGCUACGAAGGCGCGGGCAACGAGUGGCUGGAACGAGACCUGGUCUUUACCGGCCACAAGAGGGGUCAGGUCCGUAUCUGGAGCAAAGUGGUCCGUGAUGGCCGCUUUGAAUUGGAGCUCAUUCGACAGCUCAAUCAUGCUGACGGCAGCCGGGAUGAUGGAGCGAACGUGAAUGCAGGGAUCAGCUGCAUCCUCCCCAUGCCACAAGUUGUCUACACUGGGGAUGAAGACGGCCGAGUGGUAGAAGGGGAAGUUCAACUACCCGGAACUUCGUCGCGCGUCGGACGGGAAGAUACUCGAUUUUCCAAGGAAGAGGUCGACAUCUCCUACAGAGACAACCGUCCACGCCGCGAUCAAUAUCAACGAGAGGACGUGCGAAUCUCUGAGGAGCGUGAUCGACGAUACCCCGAGGUAGAGCUCACACGCGAGAAAUACCGUGGGCCCGCUGACUACAAGGCCACCAACGUCGAGAUCGAGGUUGACCGUCGAGGUGCCCGAGCCCCCAACGUUGACAUCGAAAUCGAUCGCCGAGACACUCGAGAUCACGUCGAGGUUGAUUACGACCGCCGCCAGACCUACGACAAGUCUUUUCAAUCUCAACUAGACAUCACUGAGCGAGAGUACCGUCGCCGCGUCGAUCCCACCUACGACGUUGAAUACGAACGUCGCCGUCCCGCACAAGCCGACGUCACAGUCCAAAAACAAGAAGUCAAGGUCGAUCAACCAAUUAGAAGAGACAUGGGCUACUACGACGACGAUGGCAACUACCACAGCUUCCGCCGCGGGGUGGAGCGUGCCGCUGACCGCAUCUUGCACCCCUUCUCCCACCAUCAUCAUGAAGGUGGCCGUGAGGAGGUAGUGGUGUCGGAUACAAGAGAGGCCAGCGGCCCUACCCGCGUGCGUGAUGGCUCCGUUGAGCAAGUCCGCUUCGUCGAGCCUCGUUUCGGAGGCCGCGGUGUUCCCAUCCAAUGCCACUUCAUCCGCAUUGGUGACAUUCUCCUCCUCCAAGGCCGUCCCUCGCAGGUCAUCCGGAUCAGCAUGUCUUCUCAGACUGGCCAAUAUCGUUACCUAGGUGUCGACCUGUUCACCCGCCAAUUGCACGAAGAGAGCUCUUUCAUCAGCAACCCUGCUCCCUCCGUUGUCGUACAGACCAUGCUUGGCCCCGUCUUCAAGCAGUACCGUGUCUUGGACAUCCGCGAGGAUGGCAUGAUCGUCUGCAUGACCGAGACUGGCGAUGUCAAGCAGGGACUGCCUGUCAUUGACCAGGGCGGUCUGUUCAACCGCAUUGACCGAGCGUUCGCCGAUGGUAGAGGAAGCGUUCGCGUGUUGGUCAUCAACGAUGGUGGCCGGGAGUUGGUUGUGGAUAUGAAGAUUAUCCACGGGUCGAGAUUGUAG